AACAGGAGGAGAACGUGUGAAGCAUGCCACCGUGUUUUUAUAAAACAUGUCAUUAACAGCGACCAACCCUUAUCAUUAGAUUUUCCGAGAUAGAUAAGUGCUAAGUGCUUUAAACGUGGGUGAUUUUGACUUGACAAAAGAGAGAGAACAAGCAUAUCCAAAACAUCCUAUCAAUUUAUUACAUUCUUGUACAUGUAUGUUCUAAACUGAAGGUUCAGUUUGUUUAUGUCAAAGGUGGUUUUGUCCAUUGAACAGUGAUGUCUCUGUUCGGUGCUUAUUUCGUCAGUGAGGUUGGCAAAGAUGCAGCUGGAGUUGCUGGUAACAUGUUUGCUUUUGGGUUGUUUUUAUCCCCCAUACCUACAUUUAGGAGGAUCAUCAGAAAUGGGUCAACAGAAAUGUUCUCAGGGUUGCCAUAUGUUUAUUCUCUCUUGAACUGCUUGAUAUGCUUGUGGUAUGGCACACCUCUUAUAUCUCCUGAUAAUCUGUUGGUGACUACUGUUAAUACAAUUGGGGGAGUCUUUCAACUUGUGUACAUAACCCUCUUCUUGGUUUAUGCUGAGAAAGCAAGAAAGGUGAGAAUGCUUGGAUUGCUCUUAGCAGUUUUGGGCAUAUUUGUGAUCAUACUAGUUGGGAGCUUGCAAAUUGAUGAUAGUGCAAUGCGACGGAUGUUUGUGGGACUCUUGAGUUGUGCUUCUCUCAUUUCAAUGUUUGCCUCUCCAUUGUUCAUAAUUAAAUUGGUCAUUCGGACAAAAAGUGUAGAGUUUAUGCCUUUUUAUCUUUCACUUUCCACCUUCCUGAUGAGCAUCUCCUUCUUUCUUUACGGAUUGGUCAGUUAUGAUGCCUUCAUUUAUGUGCCAAAUGGGAUAGGAACUGUUUUGGGAAUUGUGCAAUUAAUAUUAUAUUUCUAUUACAAGAGUUCAUCCAGUGAAAACUGCAGACAACCCUUGAUAGUGUCGUAUGAAUGAUCCAUGCUGGUGAGUGUUGGCAAAGUGGAGGCAUAGGCAAAUGCAUCAUGAAUGAUUACGAUUUAUGUGUUUGAAAUGUUUUCCAUGAGUUGAAUGAGUGAACUUUUUAUGGUUUUGAGUGUGAAGUUUUUCCACGCAAUUCAUGGAGAUGUUUGAAUUGAAUUGGAACUUUUCAUAAUAUUUUAAUUUCAUUUCUGGCUGUG